AUGGCAGAACCCGACGAUGUCGAGGAAGAUCUCUUCGCAGACCUCUACGAUGCGGAUGAGAACCAUGCUUCUGGCAAGGGUGCCGUCCCCGCCGUUGCACAACCUACCUCUAGCGACACAGUAAUGAAAACCAGCGAGACUCCAGGCUAUGGUGAAGAACCAGAGAUCGCCUACGACCCCACUUCCUUUGAUACGGAACCUCAGGGCCAAGAUGGACCCAUCAAUGGCAGUCAUAGUCCAAAGCAAGUCCAAGAAACGCACGAGAAGCCGUCACAGCCAGAGGUUUUCAAUGUCAACAUGAAAGAGGAUGGGUGA